AUGAAACAAGAUCCAAGCCAGUAUUAUUCAUCACAACAAAGUACUUAUCCAUCAUAUCCACCUCAACAACCCGGUUUUUAUGGAGCUUUUCCGUCACAAUCGGUUACAUAUUCACAAACUUCAUCGUCGCUUAAUGACAAACCUGUACCUCCAUAUGUUGCGCCAAAUAUAGCUCCCGGUGAUAAGCAAAAUCAAAUACCGUUUCAGUCACCUCCUAUUAUACCACAUAAUCUACCGCCUGCAGGCCCACAACCAAAUGGUGAAUGGGGCAAAUUUAAUGGUCUUGAAAGUAAACAGAUCCGUAAUGGUUUCAUUCGAAAGGUCUAUUGCAUUCUUAUGCUUCAAUUGUUGGUUACAUUUGGUAUUGUUGCAGUAUUUCAUUUUACACCUACAAUUCGCAACUAUGUACGAUCACCUAGGGGCCAAUGGGCUUAUUGGACAUCUUACGGUAUAUUUUUUGUAACAUAUAUAACAUUAGCUUGUUGCAAACGUGCUGGCCGUCGAUUUCCGCUCAAUCUGAUUUUACUUUGUAUUUUGACAUUUUCAAUGACCUACAUGAUGGGUAUGAUUUCGGCAUAUUUUAAAAUCGAAUCUAUAUUUAUUGCCGUUGGUUUAACAAGCUUUGUUUGUCUUGGUGUAACACUGUUUUCAUUUCAAACAAGAUUUGAUUUUACAUCAAUGAUGGGAGUUAUAUUCGCCGUUUCAUUGGCAUUGGUUGGUUUCGGUUUUGUGUGUAUUUUUACUUAUUCACGAAUUUUGUAUACAGUUUAUGCUGGUCUUGGAGCUGUGGCUUUUGCUAUCUUCUUGGCUGUCGAUACACAAUUGAUUAUGGGUGGUAAACGUCAUGAAAUCAGUGCUGAAGAUCAUGUAUUUGCAUCAAUUAUGCUUUAUCUUGAUAUAGUUUAUAUCUUUCUAUACAUUCUCAUGUUAUUUGGAAAGCGUGACUAA